CAACCAUAUUUUAUGUACAAUUAUUAUUCUUUACGAUCUCAGAUUUGCUAGGUAUUAACACAAAGUCAAUUAAUGUCUCCGAAUGCAGCUAUAGAUUUAAGUAGACAUUUAGUGGUGGAGAUGAACUGCGCUAUUUAAAAAUCUGCUUAUGGUUUAAUCACUUACUUUGAAACACCAGUAAACUAUUAGCAUAAUUCCGAAAACCUGUGUAUAUUGUAUAACCGUGCCGGGAGAAAAGUCUGUCGUAUUUAAAUUUAUGUAUUGCUAAGCCAACAGUGUUGCAAGGGAUUUUAAUGGCGUGUUUUUGAAAAUAGGUGAUAUGUGCAGGUGGCCGGGACUGAUAUCGGUUCAUUCGAGUUAUGAGCGUGUACUGUAUCCAUUUUAACCUUUCAGCAUGGUGUUCCUAUUGCAGUAUAGGCAGGUGCACAAGUAUAUGGUAACAGAAGAAAACGAAACUUUAGAAGAGCCGUUGGAAGGGGACGAAGCUCCCAAAAGCGACCUAAUAACAUGCGGUAUCUGCCAACAAGAUUUCGAGCUGAGCGAUAUCGUGAAGUUCAUUGAUCAUAAACGAAAAUGUCCACAAAGAAAUAAUAUCGAAAAUAAUCAUAAAGAGCCACACAAUGACGUGGGUGGGAAAGCAUUGGUGCGGAGGGCACAAAAAACGAAAAUCAUAACUAACAUGAGGAGGCAAGAGAGGGGGAGCUCCUCAUGGGAUUCGCCAAUCAGCAAUUCAACACCGGUGGUCAAAUCUAAUGAGGAUCAUUCCGAACAGAAUAAAAAAGGAGAUGAUGAACCUGUAAUCCACAUCUGCUCAACUUGCAAACAGGAGUUCAGCAGUGCCUGGAGUCUGCUAAUCCAUGCACAGAAUCAGCAUGGCAUGAAGAUCUAUCAAGAACAGGCAGAACAAAUGGAGAAUGAUAGCCAAUCUCCACAUUCUGUUCAAUCCGUUGACACAAUACUGGCUGAUGUCUCUUUGCCAGCGACCUCUGUGAUGACUGGAUCUCCCACCCGCCCAACUCCAAUCAAGCCUUACCCAGACCCACCUCUUUAUCCAACACCGGCUAUAAAACCCCCUUCACAUGGGAAUGGGAGUCCUCCAAGGCUGCAACACAUUGAUGCUAGAAGCCGAUCAAUGUAUCAUCAUCAUCACCCGGCACUAUUGGAGCGAUACCAGAUCAGAAGUGGUGGACCAGACCAUCUAUAUGGUCCUCCUCCAAUGACUCCAAAGGAUUGGAAUUUGCACUAUGAAUGUCCUUUAGGAUCUGCCUUUGAAGAAAUAGGCCUUUCGUACAAACAAACACCAAGUCAACCAGUAAUACCAAUUGACCGUAGCCCAGAUUAUUUCUCUCAAAGACUAAGAAAUGUAGUGGCAAAAAGGCCACCAGAAACGCAACCCGAAACACAAAUUAAGAGACGGCCCGUUCACCCUUCAGUAUUUCCUUACUCUUUGUUGAAGACUUCUCCAGUACAACCGAAGGACAAAAUCUGCGAAUUCUGUGGGAAGUGCUUCAAAUUCCAAAGUAAUCUGAUAGUACACCGUCGAUCGCAUACUGGUGAAAAACCUUUCAAAUGCAAGCUGUGUGACCACGCCUGUAGUCAGGCAAGCAAACUCAAACGGCAUAUGAACACUCACAAAUUGCGCUUACGUCAACCGUUUGAUGGCCCUGGCCAUCAGGACAAUGAAGUAACAAGCCCGACAGAUGAAGAAUUAUCAAUUUCUUCAUCUCAAUCAGAUAACAAUGGCACCAUCAAUUCAGCACUGAAAUUCAUAACCGAUAAAACCUCUCCAAAUAACUCAGAGGAAGAAGAGGAGGAGGAGGAGGAGGAAGAGGAAGAGGAGGAAGAAGAAGAACUUGUGGAGGAUGGUGUACCAGAGGAGGAAAAUGGUGGCACUGAGGGAAUUGAUAAAGAAAUUAAGAAAGAAAAUGAUCUUGAGAGCAAAAAUGAAAAAAGCGAGACAAAAACAGAAACUGAAUCAAGAAGUAACACCCCAGUUAAUCAAGUUGGAAUUAAACAAUGCGAAAGUAUCUCUCUUCUGAGCGAUGUUAUGGCUCAAACAGGUCUUAGCGAUAUUCCAACUUACAAUGAAGCGUUUGAACAAGCUAUGAGAGAAAGAACAAUUUCUGAAAAACCAGAACUGCCACAACGACCAGCAAGCCAACCGGAGUGGCCUAAGGCAAGCUAUCCCACUGAAAAGUCUCCGCAGGAUCCCGGACCAUCAAGGAGAUUAAGUCCAAGUGACAGACCAUCUCCGGACCAUCCUAGUUUUUCCAGAAUUUCAAUUUCUCCCAGAAUAAAAGAUGGUAGGGGAAGUGUAGGAGAGCCCCCUAGUAUAAUGGAAUUUAACAAAAAUAUAAAAAAGGAACCACCUCCAAUGUGGCCGUUGGAUCAUGUGAGAGAAGUUAUCGCGUGUCACACUUCACCAAUUGAUAUUGGGAACAUGAAUGGCAGGUACAGGGGAACACCCUUUCCACCAACAGUCUCGGCGGAGUCGAUCAUGUCUACAACUUCUUCUCGACCGGCGAUAAGCCUUGUGCCGCCCGCAAGACCACCGAGGCCGGCCGGGGAACGCAGAAGCGACAAAUGCGAGUACUGUGGCAAGAUCUUUAAGAACUGCAGCAAUUUGACAGUGCAUCGCCGGAGCCAUACUGGUGAGAAACCGUACAAAUGUCAGUUAUGUAACUACGCUUGUGCGCAAAGUAGUAAGUUGACACGGCACAUGAAGACGCACGGUCAAGGUGCGAAAGAAGUGUUUAAAUGUGAAGUAUGUUCAAUGCCUUUCUCUGUAUAUAGCACGUUAGAGAAGCACAUGAAAAAAUGGCACUGGGGAGCAAUUAAAGGUACAAUACCAAGACCUGAACCAGUUCUAGGUCACAACUGAAUAAUGGUAGACUCCUUAAAAUAUUGUCUUGUUUGUAGGUAAAUAUUUGAGCUCAUUCUUGUUAAUUUUCAUUGGAAAUUUAAUGUUUAAACUCGAAGCUGCAAAUGACAAUCUCAGCAUUAGAUUCUAAUAUACUAAUUAGAAAAUUUGGGGUUAUUUUUUUUUCCAACUGUUACCUAACCCCCUUGUAACAUACCUCCUGUCUAACACAUAUACUCACCUACUGCCGUUUUCAUUUAUAAUAACAGAUAUUUGCAGAUUACUGGUUCAGUUUACGGACCGAUUGUCUUCUAUAAUAUGGCUGUUUUAGAAAAUUUAAUAUAGAUUGCAUAUUAUACAUUUUUGCCUUUCUGAAAAAAAUAUUAUUAAUAUUAUUAUAAUUAAGGUGGUUUUGUAUGAAAUUAUUAUCAAGAGCAAGAUUUUAACUUUCUUUUUAACGACACACCGACAAAAUAGAGAGAAAAAGAGUUUUUUGCUAUAGCAUUUAUAUGUGCAUACUGUAUGUAUGUCAACUUUGAGUUCGUUGCUUGUUGUUGUGCUGGCCAAACCUUGUUGUACAAACAAGACAUAGUGUUGUGCAAUAUAACCAGGAUUAGCCUGAGCUUCAAGUAUUUGCUCAAACAUAAUGUUUUAAAAAACAAUUCUUGAAACAAUUGAUUGUUUCCACUGAACAAAAGAAGUAUAAUAUUAGUAAAUUUCUGAAAGUCAUGGUUUUUUAAACAGAAAUAAACAUCAAUUCUUAGAUAUCAAAAUUCAUUUUGCUAACAUGUUUUAAAAAUAGGUGAUAAUUUUGCAUUAAUUUUUUUAUGAUAUAUGGUGAAAAGUUUGAAUACCAAAAUUGGUAAUAUUUUAUAGGGGAAAAGGGAGUUAUUGCAUUAUUUUAUUGUCGGCAUCAUGUAAGUAUUUAAAAUUUUAAGAAAACAAUUUUAUACAGACAUUUGGUUCUAUUCUCCAGAUAAGGAGAAGAUUCAUUUUUUUCGGACCAAUAUGUGAUGGUUUCUAUACUAAAUAUUUUAGAGAUAGACAUUUAGAGAAAAAAAUCUGGGGAUAAAACUAAGCAUUAUAGAGUCAUCUAUUUGUAGUUAAUAGUAAGUAAUAGGAAUAACUGUUAUUAAUAUUUAUUUGUAUUAUGCAAAUCCAUAAUUUGUUUGAAUGCUUGGCUUAAUCCCUGCUCACACAAUCAAGAUUUAUGAGCAAAUAUGUGUGAUUUGUCCAUAUACAGGCAUGAUGACAUCAUAACACAUUAUAUGGGCAAAAUGAUGUCAUAACAUACAUGGGCAUGCUGAUGUCAUAAUAUACAUUGGUAUGAUGAUGUCAUAUAAUAUUAAUAAUAUAAUAUUAGUAAUAUUAUUACACCUAUAUAUGACCAUGAUGGCAAAUUACAUGUAUUUGUCGUAUAUAAACGUGAUAGUACAUGGACUGAGAUUGAUAGAUGUUAUUGGUAAGGUUUUUAUAAGACUAAUCCUUAGUAAAUUUAAAAAUAUAUAUAUUUUUUAAAAGCUGGGUGGUUGCUCAGAACCAAAUACUAAACUGUAUACCCUUCUCUCUGUACUCAAUAACAGCUUAGUCACAGAAAGCGGGGGAGCACCAUUAUGAAUCAAAUAGUGUCGGUAGUAAACUCCUGAUUGUUCUCUUCUAAACUAAGUAACUUUACUUUUAAAAAGAAAUAAGUAUUUUUAACUAAAAACCUAAGGUCAUUUUGUGCAUGAAUGAUGGUGAAUUAGAACAACUAACCCUCCUUGAUAUCCUGAUAUAAAUGGCCCAAGGCAGAGUAAUUGUACAAUGGGUUUUGUUAUUAAUAUGCAGUAUUCCAAUUCUUCCUCAUAUAUAUUAAAUAAUAAUGAAUUUGUUAUGGAGUAGCCCCUCCAUUAGGGAUAUUUAAAGGUGUUAUAUGACAUCCUAAAAUAUGAAUUAGGAACAACCAUUUUUCAUAACCCAUUUUUUAAAACAUUUUAUAGAGAUGGAGAAUGAAGCAUCAAUCAAACACUGUAUUUUAUCCUCAACAGGAUUUAUUAGAUCCAUUAGAUUGUCUUGAAAACCUAUGGUUACAUAUUUUUCAAAUCGUGUGUGAGAUCGUAUAUAGGCAUAAGUUGAAGGUUGAUUAGUCGUCAAAAUGUUCGUAUGGACUUUAUUCUGUUUGUUAGAUACCCAUAUUACACAGCAACAGGUGUUUCUUUCCCACCCCCACUAAAAAUUGUAAAGUAUUUUUUUUAAAGUGAACUUAUUGGCGGAAGAUAUCCAUUUUAUACAGAAUAAAUAAAUUAUUUGCAAUAUUUAUAAAGUAGAUAUUAAGAAUCUACACAUUUACGAAUCUAUAAAUUUAUAAAUCUACAAAUCUGCGUGGUUAGUUUCAACCAGAUCAUGAAGACGAAAGUGCUGAAUACACACGUAGAGCAAUAUAAAUAAUUAAUCAAAGACACUAGGUUACAAACUCAACAUUUUAUUUUGCACUACAGACUGUUUCAUGAGGACACAGCCUCAAUCAUCAGGUGCUCGACUCUGAUUCAGUGUCUUUGAUUACUUAUUUAAAUCUACAAAUCAAAUUUUUUGUCAAAACUAAAAUUAACUAUGGUUCAUUAUUUUUUUAUAUACUGUAUCAUUAUUUUUUUUUGUAUACUGUAUAUGCCUGCAUUUGCGAAGUUUAUUAUGCAGGUUGACUCUGGAAGAAAGUGCAAAUUUCGUUCAUUUUAUGUGUUCAUUAAUGUUCCUUCAAGAUGUUUAACCACUGUGAAAGCAAGACAUUUAAAAAAAUGUUCACCUCAAAAUUCCAAGUCAGCUAAUUUCACUUUUCUUUUUUUUUUUUUUUUUUUUGAAUUUGUAUAAACCCUUACUCUAUCCAAGUAUUAUAUUAUGGUUAAUGAGAUAAACAAUUUAAUUUAUAUUUAUUCUUAAAACAAUUAUAAUGCUUUUUAAUGACCAGCCAUUUGAUAUCUGUUACUUUUUUGCAAAUAUUAUUAGUACCAAGGA